AUGGCGAUCGACAUUGGUCCCGUCCUCGUGGAGAAGCCCGUGUUGCCGUCCAUUCCCAUCAAGGCCGCAGCACCAGUUGCUCUUCCGGUGGCGCCAGUGCUUGGGCCAAAGCUUGGGGACGAAACCCAUCUGGUCAUCUCGCCAUAUACCGACCACGCCCAUCUGCUGGAUCUCAGCACAGUCGGCAUCCAAGAACAGCUUUUGGCGUACGCAUUGAUCAAAUUUAAGUCCCUGAGGGAAGACUAUGCCACUGCUCCAUAUACCGAAACCUUCAACUGGGCCGAAGUUAUCGAGGACCUCCGUGAGCGUGCCAAAGCGAUUGGGCAUUCGUGGACCGAGCAGGCUUUCUAUAUCGUUGCCUUCAGGUCCCAAGUUCCGCCAACAACCGACUAUUCAAACCUCGGUGCUCUUGACAAGGCGGCCCACGUUGAAGCGGUCCAGAGUGGCGGUUUCUUGAAGUACUGGUUUGGAUCUCCCGAUGUAACUGGGAGAAACCUCGCAACUUGCGUUUGGAGAACGAAGGAGGACGCCGUUCUUGGCGGAGUUGGACCGGCUCACCGCCGCGCCGCGGGUGCUGCAAGACACAGCUACACCGAGUGGCACAUUGAGCGCCUCUCGCUUGUCAUCAAGGACAACAUUGACAGCUGGGCUAUUGAAGAAUGGGUAGCACCUAAAUGA